AUGUGUUUAUUGGUUAAGCAAAGUUACUCAUCCGGAUAAGAGGGUGUUGGCAAUGGAAAAUCAUUCAUAUGCCGUUGCUAUGAAGGAGAGUAAAGUUGAAGAAGAAGGGAGACCUUUCCAAUUUAUUCCUUUACAUUUCAAUUUAAAGGAUGCAUCCUUCUCAAACCUCCAUGAAUUCGAGUCUUCCAGGAACCUGUGCAUGUAUGACCACCGGGACCAAAUACAAUGACGCCCCUCCUCCGUACUCAGAGCUUCCUCCGCCAUGGACAGAUUCCCAAACCUCUUUCCAUACUGGACCACCACCAUGGUCAUCCCAACCUUCAGGAAUAUACACGAUUCCAGCCUACCCCCAACAUCCAACCGGGAUCUUCUAUCCACCCCAAUAUUCACAUUUACCAUCUCCUGUGGACUGUGUCCCUCCAAACUCAAAUGUCCCACCUACAGACGUCUCCGACCGACCACCCAACUCGGUCAGCAUAGUCACAACAAGGCAGCCAUCUUGUAUUCCGGAUAGCCCAGCCAAAUAUGAUGACCACAUGAAACAAUCCAUCUUGAGUUUAUUUCUCUGCCUCCCUCUUGGAAUUGUGGCUCUUUUUUACUCUUGCAAGACAAGAGCGUCCAAUAAACGUGGCGACCUGGUGGCUGCAGAGGAACAGUCCAUAAAAUCGCACAAGCUGAAUAAGAUCUGUUGGUUCGGACUCUUAGUCUACGUCACCGUCGUCGCAAUCCUCGCCGUGAGGAUCGUGUUACACCGUCAUUAUUUCCCUGGAUCUGAUUAACAUCUACAGCACUUGCACUUGCUUUGAAGACAUUUUUUCUGUAUUUAUGAUGUACAAUAAAUUAUUGCUUUUCUAAA